AGUGACGAUUAUUCCACUUUCUUGCAGACUUCGACACUCUGAACUGCUUCCUUGAGUACAAGAUCUUUUCAACCUACAACUUACAAACACUCCUCACUUGUCCCUGACGAUCGAGACCAUCUUGAGAUUAUAUGGGCGCACGAUUGAGCUAUCUCAAGACCGAGAUAUUCUGGCGCAACUAGCAUCCAUCAUCGAGCCAUUGUGUUUGACAAUGGCUUGGUGUGUGUUCCGUCCUUGGAACUACAUCAACGGCCCGACUUAUGACGGCGCUGACAUUGCAGAUGAGGGAUUGCCCCCAUCACAUCUUCUCAAGCCGUCUUAUGGUUUGAAGCCAGCUUGGAAAGACAGUGUCGAGGAGCGUUCGGCACCAGAGCCUGCACCAGUUGCUCCUACGACGAAAAACGCAAAGCAUAAUAAACGAACACCACGAGUCUUCGAAAUGGCGCGGUAUGCCCGAUUAUAG